AUGGGCGGGGAAUUUGCGAAGGUCAUCCGUGCGCGUGCGCUGACAGAGACGAAGGCAGGGGAGGAAGUCACGUGCUUGUACGUGCUCCUCCUCAGGCGUCGCUUGCUCUCGGGGCGCCCCCUGGAGGGGCUCUGCCUGCAGCGCGCCGGGUCGCUUUCCUUCGCCCUGGAAGCAGCUGUUGUUCUGGCAGGCAGCUGGUGUCACAUGUCGGAAAGUCCCUCGGCCGUGGAAAUCCCCGCAUCCACACUCUGUGUGUGUGUGUGUGUUUUGCUCCACAUAGUAAAACAGCGGAAAGAAAGAACCACACGCAGACAGCAGGAGGCGGCGGCCAAAGCAAAAACAACAACUGUAGAAGCAGCAGCAGCAGGAGGAGGGUGAGGGGGCAGCUAACAAAGGCGCCUCUGGACCAGCCAGCACCCUCGGACCAGGCCAGCAGAGAUCCCGAAGCUUCUUCGCGGGGAAAGGGACGGGAUUCAUGGCUCCCCCGAGCCGCAUCUCUCCAAGUCCGGCUCGUUUGUGCUGAGAAGGAUUUACUGGCGGAGUCAUUCGAGGGUCACUGCCUCCCCCCAGCCCCCAGCUCGCCGAGUAAGUCAUAUGCCCUGGCUUGGGGUUUUUGCUUUGCAGUUUGUGGGGUUGCUCGCGGGGUCGGUGAGGACGACGAGCCAGCCGGGGGGGGGGUGUCUAUUUUUGCUUGCAUUUAUGGAGAUGCUGCUGGAGAUAUGCGCAUCUCUCCCCCCCCCACCACCCCGAUCCUCCGCCGUCCUGGGUUGCGUUUCUGUUUAAUGCGAAAUGUGUAUAGCAUCCCAAAGAGAAGGAGUUCUUAGUUAGUUUGCUCCAGUUAGGCGCAAACAGCGAGCAGGUUAGUUCUGAGGAUGCUUCUGUAGUUUCGGUUAUUGCUUGUGUGUUUCCAUUUAAAAGAAAGAAAGAAAUGCUGUAGAGUUUCCCGUGAAGACGAAUUGAUGGUUAAACUACUCUGUGAAUUGUAGUUCUGUGAGGGGAAUAGAGAGGGUCUCUUAACAACUCUCAGCUCCCUUAAACUACAGCUCCCAGAAUUCUUUGGGGGAAACCAUGACUGUUUAAAGUGGUAUCCUAGCGCUUUCCUCACUCUGUAAUCUACACAAGCUCAGAGGCUUUAUUACUUUACCUAUUCUAGAAGUUCAGUACUGAAAGCAACUUCUGGGCUUGAACCCUGGCACAAGUAUGCCCUUGCAACAAGUGCUAGACGCAUUCAAGUAAUACUUGUUUGUUGCAUAAAGUUACAUAACUGCAUGACAACUCAUACAAACAGUUAUGAAAUAUGUAUUAUUUCCCAUUUUUAAAGCAAAGACUUGCAUAAGCUAUUUGGGCACUGCAGUAUGUAAAACCAUUUUCGAAGUAAAACCAUUAGCUAUUUAAUUCUAAUGAUUAUUUAUUACACCACAAAAAAGGGACAUUGAGGAAGAACAUGCGCACCAUUCAUACUAAUCCAGAAAUUUUGUAACAUCUCCAGGCUGUAAUCCUGAACAUAGUUAGAAGGGAAUCGCCAAAUUAUUUGUGUUGGAAACAUGCGUAAGAUUGCAUUUUCAGGAUUUUUGUUUAUUAUUUUGGUUAUUUAAAGCAAUAACCAACCCCCCUCACUUGAACAAAUUAUUUUUUAGUGCCUCCCAACAGGGUUUACAUUCAUAAAUCUCCAAACUUUAGAUAAAGAGAGUGGAACUUUCAACCCAGAUACAGACCGGACCCUGCACUAAUUAGUCCUAGCUAAUGAAUGUUAUGUUAAUGGGUCCGCAGCCAUGGGUGUUAGGGAUGCCGUUUCACUUUCAUAUCAAGGACUGGACAUGGAGCAUAGUACAGUGGUACCUCGGGUUACAGACGCUUCAGGUUACAGACGCUUCAGGUUACAGACGCUUCAUGUUACAGACUCCGCUAACCCAGAAAUAGUACCUCAGGUUAAGAACUUUGCUUCAGGAAGAGAACAGAAAUCGUGCAGUGGCGGCGCAGCGGCAGUGGGAGGCCCCAUUAGCUAAAGUGGUGCUUCAGGUUAAGAACAGUUUCAGGAACAGACCUUCAGAACGAACUAAGUUCUUAACCCGAGGUACCACUGUACUUUUCCCUGUGUUUGAAAAUGCUUGUAGAUGGUCAGACAUGGAUUGUCCUGAGGAAUGUAUAUUACCAGGACAUAGAUUAUGAGACCAUUUUUUCUCCUAGCUCACUGUUGUCUAUGUGUGCUGUUCUACAUUAACUGGCAGCUUCUCUUCAGGGUUUCAGCCAGUUUUCCCAGCCUUGCCUGGAGAUGCCAAUCCCUAUGUGGGACUUCUUGCAUGCAAAACAUGUGCUGUGCCAUUGACAUCCAGCUGUUUCCAGGAGUGCCCCAAGAAAUUUGCAAGACAUGGGACUUGUAGUCACAUCUGAAUAUUCCAACAUUACAAAGAUAUGCAUUCACUUUCCUACACACCCUUAAACUGCCAUCCAAGACACACUUAUCUGAACAUAAGUCACAUUGAUAUCAGUGGAACUUGCUUCCAGAUAAACUUGUAUGGAACCAGACUGCAAGAUAUAAAGUUAGAACUGAAAAGCAGUCUCCUCCUGCAUGAUGCCAAUGAGAAAAUAAUAUCCAAAUAAUGGGGUCAAUACCUUGUCUGUAAUUUCUGUGGCUACCUUGAGUAAUUUUAUACAUCUCUAUCAUGCCCCUCUUACUCACCUUUUCUCUGUACAGUACUAACCCCCCCCCCCAAUGUAGGCAUUUAGGACUUUGUCCAUGAGUAUAAUGCUUGUGGCUAGAACUGUAGACAUUUGAGACAGUUCAGUGCAAGGAUGUAACAGCGUGGGCAUAUCUUUCAGGAUGUGGGAUAAGAUUGGCUGGUGAGUGAGGGAUAUGGCAACAAUCUGGUUGCAGCAUAUGACACCCCAUUGAUCUCCAAGUUUGAUUCAGCUGAUCUGACUAUGUGAAAAAUGAACACAGUGUUUUAGCUGCAGUUCAUUCAUUUUCAGCUUUGUAUUCUUGCUAUAAAAAAACGCACCUAGACAUUCAUGUUGUUGUGCCCAUAACCUAGGCUUAAGGUGCCGUUUAGCUUCUAGCUUUCAUAUCUCGGUUUCUAACACUGCUUUCAGACAAUCUUAAGGUCCAUUGUAGGAGUCAGCAGAAAAAGAUAUAAUUCUCUAGUGGACUCGCUUAAUAAAAACCAUUGCGAGCCUCUGCAGUAAAUGCUUUUUUGUUUGUACACUGUGGACCCUAGCAAUGAAAUAUUGACCGGUGCUUCAAAAAUUGGACGUGCUUCCUUUCAAAAUGACAGCGGCCCUUUGCACGUUUAUUGUACCUGCUUGUACCUGCAAGGUGUUUUUUUCCCCAGCAUCUGCAUAAUGUUGCCGUUAUCAAAAUUCCAUUCCAUAAAAUUCAGAUUAAAUGGGGAAAUAAUGUAGGGUGGUGUUUUGAUGAGGAUAAUGUUGUGGGGACAGUGCACAAAGCCUCCUUUUAUGAGCUGCACAGUAAACGGCCCAGCUGUAUAACAUUUUGUCUGCUUUACUUGCCCACAUUACUUUGUGGGCAUCAUGACCUGUGAGGAAUAGAAUUGGAUUGUUGUUUUAUGGCUUCCGAAGGCUCCAGUCCUAUGCAGCUUUUGUUUGGUAUAUUGGUUUCUUCCAUGGAACUGUCUUCCGCAGAGUUACUGGGCAGCCUGACCAGGCACAGUCUUGCUUAAACUGGCUUUUGCAGUCCUGGCUUUUAAUCCAGUGGACACAUUUGCUAAUGUAGGAGCGGGAGAGGCCAUUUUAGCUAAUUCCUCUUUCCCACUUUCAUCGCCGCCGCCACCAAAUUUUGUUCCAAAGAGUUGAGAGACCGUGUCUGGAAGGUGGUAUGGGAAGUUGCAGAGGGAAGGGAGGCUCAGGAAAAACGGUCACCCCUCUUCUUAAAUCAGAGCCAUCCACUAGGAACAAAAGCUUCUCUGCUUGUGGGAUGCUAUUAUUGUAGUCCAACUUCUUUGCAGCUUGAUUUGGUUUUUAAGUUGUUGUUAUCAUUGUAGUAGUUCUUAUAGUCACGGUUUUAAAACAUUCCUAUUAGUGAGAUUUCUGUAGACAAGUUGGUGAAACAUAAGUUGGUAAAAUUGGCUGAGAGUCUGAGGGUAAGUCUCUGGAAGGAAGUCUCAUUGAAAUCAGUGGACUUACUCCUCAGUAAACAUGUGCAGGAUAACCCUCAUUGUUGGAUAACUUCAAAAUAGGCAGACGUGCUCCAAUCCAUAGCACAUGUUGCACUAAGGAGAACAGCUGUUGGCAGAAUAGGAAUGUUAAUUACGUAGUGUUCUAAUUGAGCUUAACAAAUUGGAUAGUCUAUUAUUACUUAACAUUGGAAACAACCAGUGCUUGUCCUAAGCAUCCCUUACUGAUGUCAUCAUCCUUUACACAUACAAACUUUACCAGGGACACCACUGACUCAAAAUUGUCCUUUUGUGUUAAGUACUUGCAGGAUCACAUCUUUCAUUUGAACAUGUUAACUGCAUACACAUCUGUUCACUUAUACAGUUCAAAAUGCAUAGAGAAAUGUAAUGUGUGUUUGUAGCUCAGGGAGUCUAAAUGUGCAUAGGAUUCCUGGACAAAAAGUAUUGUGGGAAGGGAACUAGCACCGGCAUUAUAGUUAUGGGGCAGGAUGUGGAUUUGAUCAUACUUACAGUAGGCCCCCUAAAAUCAGUGGUUAGUCUGCUGUCAGUGGGUUUACUCUUAAGUAUGAUUGAAUCUGGAUCAAACCCAAGCUAUUGAUUACUGAUGCUUUUCCUAUUUUUUUAUUAAUAGCUUAUUGACCACAUUCAUUCAGAAGAAAGUCACAUUUAUCUUAUUCCCUUCCAAGUGACUUUGGAUUAGUAGUUUGCACAGUUCUUAACUAUUUUUCCAUUUUAGGGCAGGUACUGUCCAUCUUCAGCUGCCUUCCAUCCCAUUAUCCUUAAUACCUUGUUUUGAAAUACAUGCUUUUCUUUAAAGUAAAAAAAGCAACUUUUCACCAUUUCUGAGUAAUGCUGUCCUGAGUUGGUGGUGAUGGUGGUGUGUGUGUGUGUGUGUGUUAGGCUGUAUAUCUGGGUCCCUUCUAGUUCCUUGAUCCAGGAGGAUGAAAAUCCUGGAAUAGCCAGCUUCUUGAUGAGUUAAUAGCUCCCUAAGUAUGGGUCCUUAGGGUAACAAAGUGGUUUUAUGCCAGAGGGCAAAAGAGUGGGUUCCCCUCCCUCGCCUAGCUGUUGGUGAGAAGGACAAGGGCCAGAGGUAUGUGUGAGAGAACAGAGCUAGAAGCAGGCUGCAGGCAGAAACUUGGGGGGUGGGGAAAGGUGCCUCCUUUCUAUUAGAUCCAAGGCUGUGGCUAUGGAAGAAGAAAGACCUUCAGGGGUGUUAAGGCUGUGAACCCCUCCACUGUAGGCUUAGUUUGUAUUUAUGUGUAAUAAACCAUAUAUAAUAAAUACACCACAGUCUCCACUGUCCCUCAUUCCAAGGAAAUGGAAGCCUGGAUAAGCACUUGGAACCCAUGGAAUCUCACACUGCUCGGAGAUUGGGAUGGUGUGCAACAAUACAUUUUGCUAAGUUUUUAGUAGCAAAAAUGCCUUUGUUGCUGUUAAGCUUUGCAGGCUUGGAGAAUAAAUAAAUAAAUAAAAGUUCCAAAACCUAGAGAAAGAGGAGAAAUAAGGGAGGCAGUGAAAACACUACCUUUUAGGUGCAUUAUUUGUUGUGCAGUCUUGAGUGCUACUGCUGAGAGCAAAUGCAAGGCCAAUUAAAAUGCGACGUCUCACUGUUCCUUUAUCAUUGGCCUAUUAGACUAAAUAAGUAGCCUAAACAAGGAACCUGCUUAUUUAUUUAAAAUAUUUCUUAACUACCUUUCAUUAGAAGAUUCCUGGGCAAUGUGGAUAAAUGUGAAUUAGAAUUAUUCACAUGUCAUAUGAAAACAGUAUUUUAAAAAAACAACCACAGAGAGGACAAAAUAGAAGACAGGUUAAAAACAAAAAACUGAGGAACAAAGAAGACAGUUUUGACUAAAAUAAUCCAUAUUGCCUAUGCAGUGCUCCAGAAAUGUAGGACUGAACAUUUUUUAAGGUUAUUUGAACCAGUUACUCAAAUACUAGGUGGGUAUUUUCCUACUUCUCUAAACUAUGACAUGUAAUUAUCCAUGUCGUCUAAAUAAGUUCGUUGUGUGUGGGGUUUCAUGCUGUAUAUUGUAAAGACUGUUCAAGAAACCAACCUAUGCCAUGUGCUACAAGCAAAGCUCCCCCACUCCCCGAAAAAAAUCCAGCAGAAAAAACCCAGAGGCUCUAGUUAGUUUGAUCAUAAGGGGAAUAUGGAAUGGAGAAACAGACAGGGGGGAUUCUGAGCUAAGAGGAAAUUCUGCUGUCAUCUCAAUAGAUUUACAGCUGAGUAAUCCAGGCUCUCCAGUUCUGCGCCAUUGGGCACACCGCAGUUCCCUAGCUCUAGAAUUAACAUAGGGUACUCCUCCGAUGCAGAUUUCAUUUUCAGUAGCAGGUGCCUGUUUGCUUAGAAUUUCUGAUAAAUCAGUCGUAAAUGUGAGUGGUCAUUUUAAGACAUCCAUACCAAAGAAGCUUCUCAUUGUUGCUGAUGCACUUGUGUCACAGAAGCUAUUGAGGCUGAACUUCCUGUUUUAAUGUAAUUUAUGAAAAAGGUCUGUGUUUUGUGCCGAAUUUGGGGUAGGGAGAGGAAGGAGGAUUUAAUGAUAAUUUUUUUAAAAACCCUUCUUUUACUAGUGUUCUUUCGUCUUUUAGGUUUCUUCUUGCAAAAUGGCUGGCUCGCAAAUCAUUCCUCAAGCUUUAUAUUUGAGCAACAUGCUGAAAGCUGUGAAGAUAAGGGAGAGAAUGCCCGAAGACCUUGUCAAGUGCACCAAUGGAAUAAUCCAGCAUUUUAAGACUAUGCAUAGAUACACCAUAGAGAUGUUCAGAAUGUGUCAAUUUUGCCUACAGUUCCAGGAGAUUCUUCAAAAGGCCCUUAUUGACCAAGCAACUCAAACCUCACUAGAACGUCAGAAGAAACUGAACUGGUGUCGAGAAGUUAAAAAACUGGUGCCCCUGAAGACAAAUGGUAAGCCGGGCUUAUUUUCUCCUUGUUCAGGCACGACAGAAAUAGCAUCUGCUUCAUUUGUGGACCUUGAGUGUGUUUAGUUCAAAUUGCUUUUAAAAUUAAAUUACGAAGGGGCUGUUUUUCUCUUCUUUCAAGUGAAAUGGUUGCCUAAUGUCAAACUAGGGCAUAGAUGUAUAUUACGUUAACUUCAUGGACUUAUGUACUGUUGCCCUAAAGAACCUUCUUGGCUCACAGGCAGCACUUGCAUACUUUCUGAACAAUGCUGCCGAAUGUGAACAAAAAGACACUGAUCUGGAUUGUAUAUAUUUCAGUGAAACAUACAAAGAGGAUAUACAAACGACUGGAACAUCCUCUUUUUGUGUUUCCUCCACUUGUUAUUUAUGACACUUCCUUUUAUCCUCCAGAGUUGCUCUCAUUGAACCAGGAACUGGAAUCAAUUGGUUCUUAGUAUUACUUUUUAUCCAUGCAACUAUUAGAUGUAUAUCAGGUUACGUAUUUGUGAAACCCUUCUUCCAAGUUACUCAGGACAUGGUGCAUGCUGCACAAUUCAUUUUGGGUUUUUUUGUUUUUUUAAAAAUAAUAUUUAUUAUAGUUUCACAAAGAAAGAAUCACAUUAAUAAAAAAGAAAAAUUUAAGAAUAAAAAGAAAAAUACACAAUACAAAAUACAAAAGGAAAAAAGAAAAAACAAAGUAAAAAGAAAAAACAGUUUAAAAGAAUUCCGUCUUUUCAUGACUUCUUUUACAUUUACUUGUUUCCUGGACCGCCUCAUACCUCCCUCUUUUGUAUUCCAAUUCAGUUUGUUAAUCCAGCAAUUUCUUUCCCUCUUUUUUAAUCCCAAUCCUUAAUCUUAAUAUAUUAUAACAUUAAGUUUUAACCUAUUAAAAACCAAUUUUUCCAUUCUUUUAACCAUUUUAAUCCUAAUCCUUAAUCUUGAUAUAUUUAUAACUUUAAAGCCUGUACAGCUAGAAGCCACUUAACUUCAAUCCAACAUCACUCUAACAUUCAUUAAUUUUACAAUAUUUCUGUAAAUAAUCUUUAAAUUUCUUCCAAUCUUCUUCCACCGACUCUUCUCCCUGGUCACGGAUUCUGCCAGUCAUUUCCGCCAAUUCCAUGUAGUCCAUCAUUUUCAUCUGCCAUUCCUCCAGUGUGGGUAGCUCUUGUGUCUUCCAAUACUUUGCGAUGAGUAUUCUUGCUGCUGUUGUAGCAUAGUGCUACACAAUUCAUUUUGGAGGGUUUUAAAAACUAUAUAUUUGGGGCCUAAUUUCAGAAAAUUUAAAUUUUCAAGUCAGUUUGAGAGCCAGUGAGUGGCCCACCCACUCUUUAUCAAUUUAAAGGUAACUUUAAAUUACUCCACAUGAAACAAGUAUUGUUUGAUACACAUUCACACAGUUGGGUCACUAUAUUGUUGCCUUGUGCUUGUGUGGAGUAAAUUGCCAUUUUUGUAUGGUGAGCCACUCCAUGCAAACCAUUGGCCUUGUGAUAUAAGAAUGCAAAUAUUCACGUAUGUCUGUAUUUGUUAAGAUAUCCUGAUUUCAGUUAUCUUGAAGGCUUUAAAGGCAGGGUAUAAAUUUUCAACACAAUUAAAGAGACAGUGAAACCAGUUUCAUGUGCCCUAUGAAUGUGGCCUUCAAGGCAUGCAGUGCAUUGGGUCAUUACAUGCUUCUUGCCCAAUCAGGUAUUAAAUUAAUUCUUGGCUUGAUGGCGAAGACUCUGACUCCAGAAUCCUGAAUAGUGCCUUCUUUAUACCUGUCCUGAUAGGACUUCCAUAUAAUAAUUACAGAUCAGGGCACUGAGAAAUCUCUUCACUGGUGGUGCCCACCACUUCAGUGGGUUCCAAGCUCAUUUCUAAACUUGGGCCCUGUUUCCAACGUAAUAAAUAAAUCCAAUGUGAUGUCUGAAGCAGCAAUUAGCACAACUCUGUGGGAAGAAACGAGUUAGGUGAACAUCUGGAAUGCCCAAGCACAAGUUGCUGCUUCAGAUAUGACAUCAGUAGCGUGGAAAGAGGAUGUACGUCGCUCACACAUCCCCUUUUUGACACUUCCUGCAAUGUCUAGAGCCACCAACAGCUUUCAUAACUUUUUACAUCUCCUGAAUUCUCCUCAUUGUACAAGUUGUUCUGUCUAAAUUAAUAUGAGCUGAAUGUUGCUGGGCAAGAGGAAGUGGUGUAAUGAGGUGUCCUCUCAAGAGCAGUUUUGCUCCCUCCUACCUGGACAGUGCAGUGCGGCAGCAAGGUCAGGCUAUGCAGGUGCACCAGCAGAGCCAGUCUAGUGCUUCUGUUGCUGUAUGCACAGAGCCCCUACCUCACCCCUGUGCCAUCCAGGUAAGCAGCAGCAACACAACCAUACGGAGGGCAGCUCCACAGCACCUCCUGUUACGAGGACUAAAAUAAAACUUAACACACAUACCCCCAGAAGAUGAGAGUGAUAACAUCUGUGCAUUCUUUUUAUUUAUUUGUCAGAUUUAUAAACCAUCCUUCAGUACACAGUAAUCCCUGGGUAGUUUUCAACAUAUACGAUAUCUACAUCAUAAAAUACAAAUAUUUGAUAUGCUUCAUUGGGAGAAAUGGUAGGAUAGAAAUUUAGUUAGAUAAUUAUAGUACAGUUACUAUAAAAUCAUAUCAAGUGAAAGGGCAGAGCAGCAACUCAAGACCUUGAGACCAGUUAAAAUCAAAACCGCUCAGUUCAUUCAAAAGCUUAAGAGAGUAAGUGUUAGGUCUCAAAUGGUGGAUCAGGACCUCUCACUGGACUGUGGGAGCUUUAGGAGUGGGUCACUUGGGGCCCUUCCAGACUAUUGCCGUUUUUGGGAUUCCGUCACAUCCCAGCAAAUCCAGGUUGUGCAAUUCAAGCUGUUUGGAGAUCUUGCACAACAAACCCACUUCCCCAAAAGACUGAACUUUAUGAUAAGGAAAGUGACAGGAAAAUGCACUGGAACAUGUAGGGCGACACUUGCUUUGACGCAGUGUCUUCUAGUCUCCCCACAAAUAAAUCAGAGCGAUUGGUCAUCUGCUUCCAUAUUGGAAUUGUUUUUAGAUAAUUUAAUUGUUUUAUUAUUCCUGUGUUUGCCACGUGUGAUGCUUUGUGAAGAAGGGUGGGAUAUAAAUUUACUCAUUUAUUAAAUGAAUAAUUUUAUUGAAUGUCAUCUAAUCUUUGUCAAAUACAUCAGGAUGAAUGCUGGGUAAACAGGUAGUCUGCAAGCACCCAUGUUGUCCCUAUGGAUGCUUCACUUGCAUCCAAAGAAAGGCAAACAUCUUUGCAUGGGCUGUCUUAUUUAUUUAAAAGUAGACAAGUUGCUGUUCUAUACUGGUAUUCCUCUACUUUCCCUUUCUGAGAGAUCCUUUCAUUCGAGCCCUGAAACAGAGUUUCAGGUUUCUGAGCACGUGUUAAAACCUGGACUACACUUCCUUAUCUCUAAUGUGUAUAUUCUGUUCUGAUCGUGUGAACUAUUGAACUAUUGCAUUUUCUUUAAGUGGCCUGGCUUGCACAGCGCAGUAAGCCAAACUGUGGCUUCUGCAAUGUGUUGGGUAGUUUCGCUCUUUCUGACUUGUGGGUAAUCUCUCUUUUCCUUCAUGAGCUGUAGCCAAGCCAAUAAAAGGACCAGAGAGGAGCAGAGCUGCUGUCACCUUCUCCCCAGGAGCCCACACAUCCACACGCAAUGUGUGAACACAGCCAGUGUGUUAAACUACACACUUACUAGAUGAGAGUGUAACAGUAGUAAAAGAUCUUCUACUUUGCAUCACUUCAAAGUAGAGAAAUAGAGAGAAGGACUUGGGUUUUGUUUUUUUAAAACCCAGCUACUGGAUUUUUAAGAAUGGAUCCUGGAAAGCACAGACCCAUAUGGGUUUGUUACUUUGUCAGGGGGUUGGGGAACAGUUCCAGUCCCAACCUUUUCCCCACCUCCACCACAAGACUUAAAGGAACGCCCUAUUCAGCCCCUCCCCCAAGAAUAAAGAAGGAAAUUUGCAAAAUAAAACAACCUGAUCCAUCUCCUUUGCACAUGCAUGCAUCUUUGUGAGCAUGGAAUGGAUCUUGACAGGCGUUCUGCUGAGUCCUGUCCCUCCUGUGCUUCCCAUCAGAAGCCUAGAUGAAACCUCACUUGACUGACAGUGGGUGGGCAUAUUACACAGAAGGCCUUUAGCUAAGGGCUCUGUAGAAUGAUCUAGACGGGACCCCUGUCAUGCCCACAAAGGGUUCUCUCCACAUGGAGGAGGUGGUUUGUGCCCUAAAUAAAUAGUAAAAUAACUAAUAAGAAAAGAAACAGCAGUUUCAUCGUAGCCAAUAGCAUUGCAUUUGGUCGUUCUUACAGUCAUAGAUCCAUUUGUAGGGGGUGUAGCUCUCUGCCCAUUUUGAGACCCAAGAAAUAAAUGCAUCUGUUAUUUCAUCACAAAUAAUUUUAGCAAAAGUGUAGAAAGAUUGCAUACAGUUCUGGGAAUUUGAUUUCAAACAUGACGUGCAUUUGAGGAUUGUAUUUUUAACGUAAAAGAUUGGAGGAAACAUCUCAUUUUAAAAAGAUUCCAACAUCUACUGACUAGCAAUUUCGCUUCUCUAAUGAAUAGGCAUUCCAACUUACCCUAGCCACGCCUACUUGGAAAGUCCACUGUGUACUUCACAGUUCAAAUGUCUCUUCAUCGGAACAAGAAGUACAAUAGCUGUUACUCAACUACUAGUCAAAUAGCUUAACACUGGGGAAUUCCAAAUGCUUAGGGAAUUUUGAACUGGCGUUUCAGUGUGCAGAACUGAAAGCAAGCGCACACAAGGAAAAAAACCCUCUUAUCUUUGCUCUAGAUUUUGCAAAGGGAAAUUCUUUACAGGAUGUAAUAAUUGUCCUACUUGUAUGCCAUAUUUUUUUAUACUUGGUAAAGCCAGAAUCAGCCUUGCAAGCAUUUUUUUUGACCCUUGCAUUUAAUAUAUAGGUUUUUUUUGUUUUAAAUAUAAUUAUGCAAAGACAAGCCAGCUUUCUGAGUUGUGUUAGAUAAUUCUGUUUAAAGCAAAAAAAGAAAAGAGUAGUAUUAAGUGAGGACCUACCCCUUUAUAAGAAAUGCUUCUGUUUUAGCACUCGGGUGGGCAGAGGGUGUAUAUGCCACAUAGCUCUGUCCUGCAACCCCAAAGCUAUCCUGCUUCCCUCGCCAGGGUUUAAAUAAUAUUGCCAGUCAGGUUGAAGGAGCUGCCAGUCUGGUUGGCUUCUGUACAUGGAAUGGGGUGAGAUGUCAGGUUAUAUCCAACUAUGUUUCUCUCAGAGCAGACCCAUCGAAAUUAAUACAAACAAGGUAGUCAUGCCGAUUUAUUUCAGUGGUUCUACUCUGAGAUGGACUAACAUUUGGAUACAACUCACCAUCUUGUCUUUUUCCUUUUGUCUGGCAGCAGAAUACAUUGGGACUGGUCUUGAUUUUGGUAGAGUGGAGGAAAGGAUCCUGCUCUAACAAACAAACAAAAAAGAGCACUAGUCAGGACCAUGAGACAGGGAUUUGGUUGGGGUACUGUUUACUUAGGCCUUUGGUGCCAUUUUUCAAAUGGAAUGGAACGUUUGUGUAACCACAACAAAAACAAGUGUCUCUUUAAAAACCAGGCAAAGGAUCCCUUCUGUUGCUUGACACUCCCAUCCUUCUCCUGACAUUCUUCUGUCCCAAAACAGUCACAAAUCUGUCGCUGCUGCUUUUAGUGGAAGAGUUUGUCUUCCCAACAAUUUGAUUUCAGAUACAGUGGUACCUCUGGAUACGAACAGGAUCCGUUCCGGAGCCCCGUUCGCAUCCAGAAGCGAACGCAACCCGCGACUGCUCGUCUGCGCAUGCUCAGGUCGCGAUUAGCCACCUCCGUGCAUGACAUGACGUCAUUUUGACUGUCUGCACAUGCGCAAGCGGCGAAACCCAGAAGUAAUGUGUUCCGUUACUUCCGGGUCGCUGCAGAGCGCAACCCGAAAGCGCUCAACCUGAAGCACAUUUAACCCGAGGUAUGACUGUAUUUGUGGUUUUUUGGUGGGGAGAAAGUAGAACUGCAAGGGUAAAAUGGUUCUCCCCACUGCAACCCCUUUAAGGGAGGCAGUCUGCAGCACAAUCCCCACCUUUCCUAGUCAAUUGGCUGCAGGAUCCAUCCCCUUUUCUGGGCCAAGAAUGAAAGGAAGGGAUACUGAUUUUUCAACAAAAGUCAUUUCCUCCCUCCGCCCAAGAGUGCAAAGUUUAAAGCCCUGUGCUUUACUGUAGUUCCUCUCUCUAAAGCAGAGGUUUUCAACCUUUUUGAGUCCACAGCUCCCUUGACCAACUACAUUCUUUCUGCGGCACCCCUGUGGGAUUCAGGAGCCCAGUUAUGUCACCCCUUGUCUGCAGAGCUGGCAGCCUCUCACCCUUUUUCAAACACCCUCCCUUGUGGAAUGUUCUCUCAGUCUCCUCUCCUCUCCCCUCUUCUUGGGAGCCCUCCGGGCAGCGACUGCCACCGCCCCUGCCCCAGAGAGACGUGUCUCCUCACACUGCCCCCCAGGGGCCUGGGAAGAAGAUGCCCCCUGCCUUAGUGGCCCAAUGGAGGCUGGCUAAAGGUGAACUUGAGGCCAGCACCUUACCUUGGGAGGCAGCAGCAGGAGCAGUGGGCACUGCCAGACCUGGAUGGCGGAAAGGCUCCCCUUCAACACUGGGCACUCAGCUCCCAGGCAGGCCUUGCACACACAGCAAGCACAAGAAAGGCCAGCUCAGUGCCUGCCUGCCCAGCCUUCCACUUGUCCAUCCAUUCCCAACAGCAAGGGCUUGUGGAUCAGCUGGCUGGGCUUCCUCACCCACUUGCUUCCUUGCUCCGAGGCCGCCUCAGCUCUCGGCAACCAGACCCUCUUGCCAGCCCCAGAUACACCAGGAGCUUGUAGCCAGGGCUGCUGCAACAAACAGCUCUGCAAGCCUUUGGGAGGCAGAAACACAAGGGAGGGAGGGAAGGAAGGAAAGAGGGACAGAGGCCAGUGUUGCCUGUGGCACCCUUGGCCAUCAUUCAAGGCAUCCCAGGGUGCCACGGCACCCUGGUUGAAAACCACUGCUCUAUAGCAAUCCCGGCAACUUUUUCCUCAAUGAGAGCAUUCUGCCACAAAGCCCAUGUCUGGAAACAAUUGGCUGGAGUGACCUGUGCCUAGAAAGUUCACACAGUGCUGCAUGCAUUGCUAUAUUUUUGUGAGAAUUCUCCAUGAGUGCCAGAAACUUGUAUGUUUGACACAACCCGACUAACCACAUUCAUAGUAAAACAAUUUCUUAUAAAUCCACUUUCUCUUUUGCUUCUCAAUUUUCAGUAGCUUGUUUAGGAAGGAAAAGGCUGUGCCCAUAAAAUCUAGUGCUGAUAGUGUUGACUAAUGUCAUCUCUGAACACUUUAUAGAGAAUGGUGCCUUUUCAGCAAAAAAUAAAGUAAAAUCAGCAAUUGAAUUGAGUAUUUUCAGUCUGUACUUCCCCUUAAACCAGUGUAAACGGCAAUUUACUGCCUGGUGUUCUCUGGUCCAUGGGGUCACGAAGAGUCGGACACGACUAAACGACUAAACAACAACAAACGGCAGUUGGAAUAGGGAAAUCUCCUCUAGCUGUAUCAUUAAUUAAAUGGACUUUCUUAAGCUUUGUAGUUAUAGUCAAAGCUCUAAUAUCCUUUCACCCUUGAAUACUAGCUAUUGGGAAGUGGUUGAAAAUUAAACUCAUAGAGUGUGAUCCACAUGCACAAAUGGGAACUGUGCACUGAAAGUGGCGUGAGUUUAUUUUUAUACUGACAUUUUUAUAGGAUGAAUAGUUUCAUCUGCGUUUUAUAUUCAGUCACUUCUCCAUUGAGGGGCAGAUUGUCAACUUUUUCAUUCAUACCAGCUGUCCACACUAUAUAAACACUAUUUUGACGCUCUCUCUGUGUUUUAAGGAUCAAAACUGUUCUGCCAACCUGCACAGAAUUCCUUCAGCACCAACAAGAUUUCUGUGCAGAAAGGCAGAACAUUGGAUCUGUUCUUGUUUUCUACAUGUAGCAUAAUCCCAUUGGAGUCGCACAUUCAGAAUUAUCCCCCCCCCCUCUCUCUCUCUCUCUCUCUCUCACACACACACACACACACACACACAAUGUCUACCAUACUUGGUGGGGGAAUGCUGGAUUAGAAAAAUACAGCUAUUUCUCAGUGUUCACUUACUCAGACCGGGAGCAGGAGAACAGACUACCCCAUACUCCCAAAAUUCAGAGGAUACUAAGCCAAAGUAAAAAUAGAUUGCUUGAGGGGAGAUUUCUAAGAAACGUUAAUUGCUUCUCCAAAGCAUUACUGGUUCGUGCAGAACCAGAUAUUUUAUUUUUAACGAACUUGAAAUAUGUAUGCUGUCCAUUAUGUUUUGGACUUUUAUUUUUAUUUAUUUAUUUAUUUAUUUAUUUAUGUUUGUGUGUAUGAAACAACUAACCCAUUUCAUUUCUCUGUAGGAGAUGGGAAUUGCCUGAUGCAUGCUGCAUCCCAGUACAUGUGGGGCGUCCAAGAUGUCGACCUAGUCCUGAGAAAAACGUUGUUUAGUGCACUCAGGGAAGUGGACACACGCAACUUUAAACUGCGUUGGCAACGAGAAACACUGAAAUCGCAGGAAUUUGUGGCAACAGGACUCUGCUAUGACACCAGGGUAUGUUGGACUGAUUUAUAUAGCGAAUAACGUUUCAAACCUUGGUAUGGUUGGGCGGAUCGUGACUUCCUGUGUAUAAUUACACAGGAUGGGAGGCAAUUAUGGCAGUGAGCUUAAGAAAGUAAAAUUGCAGAGCUGCCAACUAGUUAAAACAUUUUAGUCCAUUAAGUUUACUGGAUUUCCCAAUUUAUUAACAAAGCGUUUCACUACUGUGGAGUUUCCAACUCAAGUAACCUCCUCAGAGAUGGGUUAUUUCCAUGGACCACCCACAUCUCCAAAAGUUGGCAUGUCUCUGCUCUUCCUGUUAUGAAGAGGCACUGCUACACCCACCCAAACAAAACAAAAAACACCCAUCCUGCUUUUUAGAAACAUACAGCUAGACAUAGACUUCCCAUCCAAGAAUCUACAUCAUGUGGGGGGCCUCUGCUCUUGCUUCUUUCUACAAGAACCUGCUGGUUGAAAGGAUAAAUUAUCCUCUCUAUUAGUUGCUAGCCCAAGUAGUCUAUAAACUAGUCUUCUCAAACCUGGAAACAGCCAAUACUAGCUUCACAUGUUAAGAUGAAACUGCCUCUUUACACUGCCGUCACAGCUGCUUAUUUGGAUGUGGUGGUGGUAAGAGUGGAGUGGUGCAACACAGUUGCAUUGGUGCCUCCAACUCACAGAAGUAUCGAGAAAAUAAGAUUCAAGCAACUGCGUUGUUUCACAGUCUUCAAGUUGCAGGCUUGCAAGUAACCACUUGCCUGCUAGGCAAGAGAGCAUUUGUAAAUCAGAAGAGAGAAUGCAACAUCAAGUCAACUGCAGCCGUGCCCUUAAUUAGUUAGUGUUUCAGGUUCUGUACCUCUGGAAUGCAUAUCGUAUGAAUUAACUUUCUCAGUAUUCGGAUAAGGAAAAAUAAUCUGCAUGCAAGGCCUCCCAACUUGCAUGAUAUUAACCCAAAGCUAAAUAGAUGUAUUUUCUUUUUCUCCAUUAGAAUUGGGAGGACGAAUGGGAGAACCUCAUCAAAAUGGCAUCUGCAGAAACAUCAGUCGCCCACAGAGGCCUUCAGUAUAACUCAUUGGAAGAAAUCCACAUAUUUGUCCUUGUUAACAUCCUACGGCGCCCAAUCAUAGUUGUCGCAGGUAGGAAUGUGUCUUUUGCUUUCGAAGUACUGUUUGCAGUGGGCGAUCCAAUGUUAGUGUUGAACACCCAUGCUUCUAUGAAGAGCAUUCAGAAGGUUUUCAGUGUCAUGGAAGUGGAGGUGGGCAACCAAUAACAUGAAGAGCACCUCUGUUCGUGGCGAUUGUUUCCUGUAAAUUUCUACAUUUCUACAAAUUAUCCUCUGAAAGAGACAAUUUACCACCGACCCCGGGUUAACAGUAUUUACAACUUAAGAAAACACAAACACUGUUUAUGACACAAAAAGUGUUGGUGACCUCACUUAUGAAAGCGAUUUAGGGUUUGGGUUUAUUUGUUUUUACAUCAGCUUCAAUAUUUCCUCACAAUGAGUUAUUGAUAUUCUUCUGAUAGUUUGGAAAUUAAAAUGGAAAUGUUUCCCUUGCUCUGUUGCUGACAAGAGUCCUGUUUAACUAAACCUUGCUUUUCUUUUCCUGAAACAGAUAAAAUGCUUAGAAGCUUGCAGUCAGGUUCAAGCUUCUCCCCUUUGAAUGUUGGCGGAAUUUACUUGCCUCUCCACUGGCCAGCAGAAGAGUGUUAUCGAUACCCCAUCAUCCUGGCCUAUGACAGUAUGCAUUUCACCCCUCUGGUUGUUCUGAAAGAGAGUGGCCCAGGUAGGUCUCAGACAUUACCGCUAUAUUGUGUUCUGCGCUGGUGUUUCCCUGUUUCUUCUCUUCAAACCAACAGCAAAUCCAUUUUGAUCUCUCUCAUCCUGUUAUACAUCAGAUGCAGUCUGGGAGUCACUCUUGCUCUCCAGACCACCCCUCUGGGAAUUGCUUCUUCUUCUGCAGUGUGUGUGUGUGUGUGUGUGUGUGAGAGAGAGAGAGAGAGAGAGAGAGAGAGAGAGAGCAUGCAGUGCAAUUCUGCAGACUGUCCACUACAGUGGUACCUUGGCUGUCGAACUUAAUCCGUUCUGGGAGUCCGUUCAACCCCUGGAACCGUUCAAAAACCAAGGCAGGGCUUCUGAUUGGCUGCAGGAGCUUCCUGCACUCAUUCGGAAACCACAGAAGCCACGUCGGAAGUUCGCAAACCGGAACGCUUACUUCCGGGUUUGCGGCUUUCGGGAGCUGAUUUGUUCAGGAGCCGAGCCAUUCGACAACCAAGGUACCACUGUAUUGGCAUACAGUCCCCAAAAGAUUACCCCCAAGGUAAUGCAGCCUUCAACGGGGGGUGGGGAUUAUCUACUCCUUUUGUAUAGGAAAUACUUCGUUUGGGCAAUUUAUUCAUCUUGAAGUGGCUCAUAACUUUUACUCUUUCAUAAAGGUAAAGGUAAAGGUAAAGGGACCCUUGACCAUUAGGUCCAGUUGUGGACGACUCUGGGGUUGCGGUGCUCAUCUCGCUUUAUUGGCCGAGGGAGCCAGCGAACAGCUUCCGGGUCAUGUGGCCAGCAUGACUAAGCUGCUUCUGGCAAACCAGAGCAGCACACGGAAACACCGUUUACCUUCCUGCCGGAGCGGUACCUAUUUAUCUACUUGCACUCUGAAGUGCUUUCAGACUGCUAGGUUGACAGGAGCAGGGACCAAGCAACGGGAGGUCACCCCGUCGCAGGGUUUCAAACCGCCGACCUUCUGAUCGGCAAGUCCUAGGCUCUGUGGUUUAGACCACAGUGCCACCCGAGUCCCUUUCUUUGCUCUUUUAUAAUUCCAGUCAGUUUCCAUAACUACCUCUCUGGGUGGUUGUUUUCGGUUAUCAGCCUUAGGGUCUUAAUAUUGCUCACUUCUGUGUUGUGCCUGUCUUUUCCCAUUUAAUUCACAACAAUCCUCUUUUUCCCCCUUUCCAUAGAGAUCCGGGCAGUCCCAUUGGUCAGCUGUGAAAGAGGCAGGUUUGAAGACUUGAAGGUGCACUUUCUAACAGAUUCUGAAGAAAGGGAGAAAGAAAAGCUGCUAAGAGAUUAUCUGAUGGUGAUAGAAAUUCCCGUGCAAGGCUGGGAUUCUGGGACAACACAUCUCAUUAACGCUGCAAAGUGAGUCUUCAUCUUCUCACUGUCCAGCACUUAACUUGAUAACAGAUAUUCUUAAAUUGGCAAUGUAUUCAGCCUCUCACUUUCAGAUGCCCUUUUCAAAGGGUGCAUUCUCUGCUUUUAUUGUGGCAUUUAAUCCCAGACAAUUAAUAUAUCUAUAAGAACGAAACAAAACAAAAAAACAUUCAGGCUGGCUCUGGAACUUACAGAAUUGAUAAAGAUCCUAACAGCUUCUGUUAGAAAACCAGUAAAUGAAUUUUCAGAGAAGGGCUUCCAUUUGCACAACAGGCAUUCCCUCAUCCUACCCUUGUGCUCCCCAAAAUUGGCUUGGGGGAAGGGGUCAAGAGACACCCAAAAAAAAAAACUAUGCCCAGGAAGAUGGAAGGGAAGAUCAUUCCGUUUGGCAAGCUGAUAUGCUUGGACAAAUGGAACAUUUGUAAUAGCACAGUGUAGAAUUUCACUCAGAAUAGCUAUCAGUCAAAACUGAGAGUCAGGUUCUUUCCCACUUAAUGGCACUGCACAGGGAGAGAAGGAGAGCCAAUUUUAAAGAAACUACAGCUUGCUUGUUCUCUUUCUGCCUAGCCCAGUCCUGUAACUAGGACUGAGACAGUGUCUCUUUAUUUUGCUAAAAGAGACGUUAAAGACCAUUGUCAGCUUCAUAAGUGUAGGCUGUGCUGCUUUCAAUUAUGCACUCUUGCUGAUGUAGGAUGGCAGCUCUUCCUGUUCUCCCGUGUUAUUAUGUCAUCCCAGACUGUAUAAGGUAUGCUGCCUUUUCCCCACCUGGUGAUACCAAUUCCUUUGUCUCUUUUGCCUUGAAGGUUGGAUGAAGGAAACUUGCCCAAAGAGAUUAACCUAGUAGAAGAUUACUUCCAGCUGGUGCAGCACGAAUACAAGAAGUGGCAAGAAAAUGCUCGGCCCGCUGGGAGGGAACCGGGUCAGAGGAACCAGGUAGAGCUGAACUUGCCCCAGCUGUCGCUCGUGGAGGCAAAAUGCGAGACUCCCAACUGCCCUUUCUACAUGUCCGUGAGCACCCAGCCUUACUGCCAUGAGUGCUUUGAGCAGAAGCAGCAAGGGAGCAAGGCGAGGAGGCAGAACUUCCGGCUGGGGUCUGAGAAGCCCCGGACAAGUAAAUCCAGCUCACCUAAGAGCGAACACCGCGAGCCUGCUGCACGGGCAUCUGAAGAACUAGUGUCAGGGCCUCGCUCUGCGCCCCCCACAGCCCCGAGCCUUUUUCUGUACAGCGAAACCACUGCCAUGAAGUGCAGGACCCCCGGCUGCCCUUUCACCCUGAACGUGCAAUACAACGGGCUCUGCGAACGCUGCUACAACAACACUGCAGAGCUCAGCCCUUGCAACAGCCCAGGCGAGCAGAGGCCACCAGACCAGGUGACCUGCAUGUUCUGCCUCAAGGGCGCCAAUAGGACCUUUAAUGGCAUGUGCAGCUCUUGCUUCAAAAGGACUAGAGACCAUUUGUCAAGUGCCAGCAGCUCAGGUGUCGCACCUUCGGGCCAUCAGAGGUCCACAUCGGACCCCACCCAUCUGUCACAGAGCCUCCUUCAGCAGGCCUGCCAUACGGCAAGCGGCAGCAGUGCAGCAGAGUUGCCACCGCCACACCCUCCACCCCAGAGACCAGAAGAGUGGAAGAAGGGAAGCAGGAAGUGCAGGAAGCCCGGCUGCAGCUUUUUCGGGACUCCUCAAAACGAAGGCUUUUGCACACUGUGCUAUUUUGAGUACCAGGAAAACAAAGGUGAGCGUAAGGGAAUGUGCUUCACUUCUCCUUCACCCUUACAGAGAUUUGGGCUGGCGGGGAGAGGGGUGUUUGCAAGCAGUGGAAUGGAAGGUGCUCCUGUUCAAUCUCAGCUUGCAAGGAGAUGUAAGAUGCAAACAGGACGAAGCAGUGAGAUGAAGUGUAAUUCUAAAGCAUUAGUAACGCUGAACUGCAAGACGGAAUGCAAGCCUGCAGUGGAAAAGCUCAGCUUACUUCCAGCUGCAUUAGUCACUUAUAAUAUUGAGGAAUUCCAGUGCACUUUUCAUGUUUUGCUGAAGUAUGCAGAACAGCAACCUAACCUCAAGAGUUUGCUGUAUUGGGGAUGCAUUUAGUUACUGGGGCAUGUCCCCAGAAAGGUCCCCACAUUCCUUUCUGAAAUCCUGUUAGAGAUUCAGUUUAAAAGCUCACUAUAGGGUGCAGGUGGAAACAUGAUAGAACAAAUUUGAUAGUUUCCUAAGCAGCUCUCCAUGAUGGCAAAAUGUACGUGCUCACUGAACAAACCAUUUAAACUGCAUUGGAAAAAUUGUCUAGUCUGGAUUGGGGGGGGGGGCAUGUAAGGGUUAAAGAGGAGAAAAUUCUAGCCAUAGACUAGAGCAACUGAUAUGAGAGCAGCUGAGUAACUUGCUUGAACAUAUACAAAGUCAGACUGUGGGGUCACUCUAUCUCAAUAUUAUCUUAACUGGUUGGCAGAGGCUCUCCAGGUUUUCAAUUAGGGGUCAGUUGUGGGGGUGGGGGGUCUUCAGAUUCCGGGGAUUGUUCCUGGGGUGUUUUGCAGGCCGUGCUGUAACACUGAGUGUUUUAAAAAUGAAUCCACACAGUUCAUUUUUAGAGUUGUCAUUUGUUCUCUGCGUCCAUCUGCUGUAUGGCAUACAGAAAUUCAGACAGUCCUUCUUUCCCCUUGCCGUAUCCCAGUGCUAGAAGGCACACCUGCUGAAAAUUGCUCCACGUUACAGAGGGUCCCUGCAAAACAAGAAUACAUCCUUGCUAGUAUAUCUCAAAAGGGACCAUUUUUAGCCUCUGCAGUUCAUGUAACAUUGCAUUCAGUAAUAGCCAAGUGAUGGGUAAGGUGGAGCACAGACAACAGUCCCUUUUCCCACUCUGUGUUUUCAAAGUUUGGUCGCCAAAGUCACAGCUCAGUGGCAGAUGUUGACCAUUGGGACUGGUGGGGCAGAAAGCGGCAAGCCCAACAAUAGGUGGAGGCAGAGCUAAUGAGAGGCAGAGCAAGCUGCUUCUAGUUUUGCCUCCAUUCCAUCCCUUCUGAGUUCUACAGUGGCAGCACUGGGACAAAGGAGGUGGAAGCUGACAGCCAGGGCCACACCCUGGACUGGUUGGAACUAGGAAGGCAGGCUGGUUGGGGCUGGCUGUGACUGACUGAGAUUGGUGGGGCAGUACCCUGUUCACCCUAAUAGACCAGUCAUCAUUCUUCAGUGGGUCACAGGUUCAUUCCCUGGCAUCUCCAGGUAGGGCUGGGAAUGUCCCCCGUCUGAAAUUCUGGAGAUUCACUGUAGAAAAGACUGAGCAAGAUGGCAGCAUCCUGCAUUCCUAAGUGACCACUUUCUUCCUUUGCUCUCAUCAUAGAUGCUUCGGUGCCCCAUCACAGAAGGUCUCAGCGGACUUCUCCUGCCUCAGGGCACUCGGGAGUCUCAGCUGCUGUGUACCAGAACACCGUUUCCUGCCUGGGUCGAGAGUGUGGCACAAUCGGGAGCACGAUGCUCGAGGGCUACUGCCAGAAAUGCUUUAUAAAAGCACAGAGCAAGCGGCUGCGUGAAGCCAGAAGAACCGAAGACCAGCUAGUGAGACAAUCAGAGGUCAGUCAACAUAACAAAAUCUUUCUCCCCGAUUUAACUUCUUGCCUUUCUUCCUAGAAAAGUCUUUAUGAGUCCAUUUUAAGAAGAAGGAAAAAUACACUCCCAUUAUCAUCCCUUUAUGUUAGUAGUUUAUUGCCUAGGAUUCUGGAGAUGAUAGAUACAGGCUCCUGAAUAACAAUAAAAAAUUUAAACCUGCUUUUAUUAUCUAACCAGAAGGAUGCUACAUCCAAAGCAUAUAGAGGAACAGGGGAUUAUUUCUGUAGCUGUUCUCGGAAGUGUUAACUCCUGUUGAUAUUAACUUCUCAGAAAUUACCCUAGUGCUAGUGCUGCUCUGUCACAAUACAGUGGAAUGGAAAACGUACAUAAUCUGUAUCGUGUGUGUGAGAGGGGUGGAUGGGAGAGGGAGAGAGAAAUCUGGCCUGUACCAAAACUGGAAAACCUGAGUUUUUAGAUUAGCCUAACACCAAAUUCUUUUUGUUGACCUAGCCCAAGUCACUUAUUCUUUCAUCCAUUCUUCAUUUUGCAACCAUCAGAAUUGUCAAGAAAGUGUCACAUACUUGUAAUAGUUUUCCUUUUGUAACUAGAAGGGAGCAGUCUACUAGUUCUAUGCAAGCCAGAAGCAGAUUACCAGGUGGAGAUAUGCUGCUGCAUUUGCUUCCCAGCUGGUGCAUCUCUGUUGCUUAUGGGGACAGGAGAGGAGGUGAAGAGGUCAGCGCAGUGCAAAUGCACUAGCAGGAGCAAUGGGUCAUCUUGGCUUGUGUCCUGCCCUCUUUCCUGUAAGCCACAGUGAUCCACCUGCUACAGUGAUCCACUCUGCAAGCCACUUCUCAUGCAGCCUGUGUCAGUGUCUUAUCCAAGGCGCUUGCACAGAAGCAGCAUGAUUGUUUUCUAACUUAAAAAGCACACCACUGCUUGUUUUGGUUUUGGUUUUGGUUUUCACCUUUGGGAACUUCUGGUCAAUAAUAUGACAUGAAUAAAAGUAACUAAAGCUCAGAUAAAGGCUGUGACUGUUACAAUUAGACCUGACAAUGUUCUCCAUUGUUUUUAGCGAACAGGACAACACAGAGAUUUACGCCAGACAUUCCCAAGCUCUCAGAAGCACAAGUGUGCCACAGCUUCUUGUAGGAACAACUUAGCUUCCAGGAACGGGGAACUGUGUCCGGAGUGCCUACACGUUGGUCAGCAGGCCCAGUUGGGGGGAGCUCGGGGGGACCCUCCAGCAGCUGAGCUCCCCAAGGAGCGCUGCCGAGCCCCUGCCUGCGACCACUAUGGCAAUAACAAGUGCAACGGCUACUGCAACGAGUGCUUCCAGUUCAAGCAGAUCUAUGGCUAG